AUGAGUUCUAGAUUUGCCAAUCGCAGAAAGCCACGUAAGGUUGGCGGUGAUGACGAAGAGGAUGAUGAAGGCGCUGUACCAGAGCCAGUUGUUAAGCGUCCAGCUGCCUUCAAGCCGAAGCAAAGAUCUAAAUUACAGUUAUCCUUUGGGCCCGAGACGUCGAUGAACGAUGGAGACGAAGAGAGCGAAGUAGUCCUACCCAAGCGCCACGGUCUGGGGCGCAAGGCAAUGGAAAGGGGUGCCGGUCCACUGCCUUCAGUCUCAGCUGAAAGGCUAACUGCCAGAGUCGGCCAAGACCCAGACCGGCCUACCUACAGUCAUGACUACUUGAAGGAACUUCGCGAUUCCACACCCUCAACGCCGAAGACAACCACCGACGACGAAACCAGCACGGCUGUGGAUGUUGCAGCUAAGUUUGGUGAGAUUAUGACUGUUCCGGCACAAGCACACAUUCCGAGCGAAGCCGAGAUUCGGGAGAAAAAAGCCCGACGCGCACGCCUGGCCAUGGAACACGGUGCGGAGGACGACGGCUUCAUUUCCUUGGACGCCAACGAUGCAGCCAACGUUGAUGACUGGGAUGCGGUUGCACGAGGGGAAAAGAAGGUCGAAGAUACAAGGCUGGUUCGGGACGAUGAGGACUUUGCGGAAGGGUUCGAAGCCUUCACUGAGGAUGGCAAGAUGGCGCUCGGGCGAAAGGCAGAGCGCGAGAAGAAGAGGAAGGACAGGGAUGCAAUGCGUGACCUCAUUGAGGAUGCUGAAGGUGUCUCCGAUGAAGAUGAUUCUGACUUGGAGGAGAAGGCUGCCUAUGAAGCCGCCCAGGUCCAUGCGGCCAUGGGUCGUGGCAAGUCAGGUGGUCUUGAUCGUCCAAAGACUCCUCCCAAGGUGACAUCUCUUCCACGACUUGCUAGCAGCUUUGAAAGAUUACGCACGUCUUUGGCAUCCAUGGAAGUCUCGAAAACACAGAUGAUCAGCCGGAUGGAGGAAUUGAGAAAGGAGAAGGCAGAUAUCGCAAUUCGUGAGGUAGAGAUCCAGGCGAUGAUCAAGGAAGCCGGCGAUAACUAUGAGCGACUUAAGAAGGAAGCCGGUGUUGAUCCGAAGGCAAAGCUCGAUGCUUCCAGUGGAGCUUUAGAAAAGCCCCGAGGAUUGGAAAGUAUCGGUGCUCCUGUUCCGAUUAGAGAUACCUCAAUGUCAGAUUCCUCGGAUUCUAGCUUUGAGGAUUCUUCAUAG